AUGCCGGCAACAUGUCAGACGAACGCGGCCUGUGACCUGGGCACACAGCAGUCCCCCAUCGCGAUCGACUCAAAGACUGCCACCCUGAUUGAUCCCAGUACGGUGUCUCUGGGCAUUCCCGAGGCCGGCCGUGUCGAGUUCGAGAACCUAGGAUACACGCUCGAAGUCAUGCUCCCCAACCGCGCUCUGACGGCCCAGGGCAAGCCAUACACGCUGGCGCACUUCCACUUCCAGACCCCUUCCGAGCACCGCCUCGACGAGGAGCACUACCCGCUAGAGGUGCACUUCGUGUUCACGGACGCGACCAACGGGAUCGCCGUCAUCGGCUUCGUCUUCCAGCUCUCCGAAACCGGAGACUGCGAUUCACUCUUCAGCUCCGUGUUCGCCGACGUCGAGGCGAUCAGUGAGCCCGGGUCCGCGACGGAGAUCAAGUCCCUGGACUUCUCCGACCUGACGGAACAUUUCCACGGCUACGACCCCCUGUCCUUGGAUGUCCGGCAUUACAACCACGUCAAGCGCUUGAUCCGCUUCAACUCGCGCUAUACCCAGAACGUGCCCGGAGAUGAGAGUCUGUUAGAAAUGGCUGCCAGGGAGUUGAACGGGCUGUGA